GGAAUCUCACUGUUUUUCUUACCUCAUCUCAGACUCCCUCACAGCUGCUUCUCAAGACACCUAAGUGAUGUCUCAGAGCGAGGGGGAGGUGCUGGCUCUAACUGCCCCAGAGGACAGGGACGGAGAUGGGGAUAGGGAGGAGGACACGGUGGGGUCGGACCAGGACGAGAGGGCUCUACCUGCCCCAGAGGACAGGGACGGAGGUGGGGAUAGGGAGGAGGACACGAUGGGGUCGGACCAGGACGAGAGCCCAGACACAACCCCAGCAGAGCAGCCUGACAGCGGCGACGAGUGGGACACAGAUCUGGAGGCUGAUGAGCAGGACAGGAGAGGCAGGCUGGUCUCCCCUACAGAGCUCUACCUGGUGGCCUGUCGUCUGACGGCCGUGAUCCCCUGCUCCUACGUCCUCCGUCAGCUAGCCUCCACCACCCUGGACCUCAACCAGCAGGGCACCCUGGACCUCAACCAUCAUGGCCUGGGACCGCUGGGUGCUAAAGCCCUGGCCAUCACCCUCCUGAGCGACGUGCAGAUCAGUAACCUGGAGCUGAAGGAGAACCACCUUCUGGCUGAGGGGACUGGCUAUCUCAUGGAGAUGCUCAAGGAGAACUUUACUAUCCAGAGUCUAAACCUCUCCAACAACCACAUCCAGUCAGCAGGGUUUGACAGCGUCUGUAAAAUGCUGUUGGACAAUGUCACCAUCAAAUCAAUCAACCUAUCAGGAAAUGGGUUCAUCGAUGCUGAUGCCAGAAGUCUGGCUGACGCUCUGGCAAACAACUACAGGCUGAAAGACCUGGACCUGAGUCACAACCAGUUCUGUGACAUGGGAGGAGAACACCUGGGACAGAUGCUAGCCAAUAACGAGGGCCUGGAGAUGCUGGACCUGAGCUGGAACCAUUUGAGGAUGAGUGGAGCCGUGACACUGUGUGCUGGACUAAAGGUGAAUGUAACCCUGAAGCAGUUGGACCUGUCCUGGAAUGGGUUCGGCAGUGCUGGGGCGCAGGCUCUGGGGGAGGCCCUACGUCACAACAACACACUGGUGCAUCUGGACCUCAGCAACAACCGGGUCUCAGACGAGGGCACCGCACUGCUCUGUAACGGCCUGGUCGCUAACGACAGCCUCAGGAUCCUACGGCUGGCCCAUAACCCUUUAACCCAGCUGGGAGCUCUGAAUCUACUCAACACCAUCAGGAACAACCCCAAGUCAGCUCUGGAAGAGAUCAACAUCUCAACGGUGCUGGUAAACGAGGCCUUUGUGGUGCUGCUGGAGGCAGUGUGUCAGAACCAUUCAGGUCUGGAGGUCCAGUUCCAGGGUGUUACAGGCUCUGUCACCAGGACCAAGAAACCCUCCAUCGCACUCAACAUCAUCCAGGACUUCCUUACAGAGGAAAAGGAGGGUCUGUUGGAGUUGUUCCAGAGUUUGGAUAAAGAGGGAAACAUGUCUGUGGACAACAAGGAGUUCAGGAAGGCUGUGCAGCAUGCUAACAUACCCUUGGAUCAACACCAGCUGGAGUGGCUGAUACAGCACUUUGACAAGGACUGUACAGGCAGGAUAAACUACAGCAGUCAGUUUGCUGAGCAGUCAUAGGCAGCCACCGGUAGUGAAAAGGACAGCGAGAGAAGCAGGACAGACAGUGGUCACUGGGCCUAAGAAGGGAACAAGAUGGAGGACGACAAGAAAGAGAUGCUGUAAUAAACGGCAGUCUGAA